AUGGACUAUAUUAAAAGUAAAUUAAAAGAGACAAGGGAGGCUAUUGAUAAAAAAGAUUAUAAGACAGCAUUAGAAAAUUGUAAUGAGAUAGUACAAUAUGAUGAUCAAAAUUUCAUGAUUCAUCUUUUUUUAGGUGUUUCAAAUUUUAAUUUAAAUAAUUUAGCUGCUGCUGAAAAAUCAUAUAUUGCUGCAUUAAAAAUACAGAAUUCACCAGUUCCAUUAAGGGGUUUACUAGAAUUAUAUAAUAAAACAAAUGAAAAUGAUAAAUUAUCAAACACAUUAAAAGAAUUAAUUCCAUUAACAACAGAUAAACAAAAAAAAAAAGAAUUGGUAUUUAGAUUAAUUGAAAUUAGUUACUUUUUAAAAGAUUAUAAAACUACAAUUGAUUUGAUUUCACCAAUUUUAUUUGAAAAUGAAAAAAGUAGUGAUGAUGGAGAAAAUGAUAGUGAAUCAUCAAAAAUAGAUAGAAUUAAAUUAUUAGAAAAAUUUGAAGAUGCAAAUUAUCAAUACUAUUUAAACACUUUAAAAACUAAAAUCGAUGAAAAAUUACGUGAGAAGAAUAUACCAAUUGUAGAUUACUCAAAAUUACAUGUAUUAGGUGCAAUUCAACAUACACCUGAACAAAAACAAGAAAGAGAUAAAAUUGAAUUUGAAUUAAAUAAAUCAUUAAUUAAUAAUUUUAAUUUAAAAGUUUAUGAAGAAUUAUUAACAAAAAUAAAUUUAAAUAUUUUAACAAAUGAACAAAUGAUAAGAAUUUAUACUCAUUUCAUUCAAAUAUUAAUUGGUAAAAGAAGAAUUUAUAGUAAUGAAGAGAAUAAAGAUGAAGAAAAACAAAAACAACUUUAUAAAGAAAUUUAUGAAAAUUGUGAAAGAAUGAAUGAAAUGUUAUCAACACCAAUUUAUUCAUUAGAAAAUUUAAUAAAUUUAUUAGAAGAAGAAUUUAAUUUUAAUGAUGAUGAUGAUGAUGAAGAUGAUGAUCAAGAAUCAAAGAAUAAUAAUGAAUUAUAUGAAAAAAUUAAUGAAAUUUCAAAUAUUUUAACAAAUAAAUAUGCAAAUAGGGGAUUAGGUUGGAUAGGGUUAGGAUUUUAUAAAGUUUUUAAAUUAAAAGAUUAUAGUGAACAAAGUAAACAAUUAAUAGAGAAAGGAUUUUCAAAUUCAGGUAGUACCGAAUCAUUAUUAGGUUAUUUAGCAUUAUCAAAAUGGUAUUUAAAAGUUGAAAAUCAUGAACGUGUUAGAGAUAUAGUUAAAAAGUCAAUGAUUGUCUAUGAGCAAAAACAAAGAUCAGUUGGUGGUGCCAAUUAUUUUAAUAAUAUUUUCAUUAAACUUCAAUUGAUUUUAGUUGAAUCAUUAUCAUUCAAUUGUAAUUUUGAAUUGGCAUCAUCAUUAUUAGAAUCAUUAAUUAAUAAAUUCCCAAUUCAUUUUAAUUAUUUAACAUUUUCACAAAGUAAAUUAAAUUUUUAUUCAAUUAAAGAUUAUAAAAAAUCAAAAGAAUUAUUUCAAUUAAUUAUUAAUAAUAAUCAAAAUAAUAAUCAAAAUAAUAAUCAAAAUAAGAAAAUUAUUGAAUUAUCAAAAAUUUAUUUAAUUUGGAUUGAUAUUUUAUUAAAAGAAUCAAAAGAAUCAUUAAUUAAAAGUAAAGAUAAUUUAAAAGAAAUAAUUGAAUUAAAUGGUGAAACUGCUAAUAAUUAUUUAAAUUAUUAUGUUUAUGGUUUAGUUUUAAUGGAAUUAAAUAAAAUUGAAAAUAAUAAUAAUAAUGAUAAUAAUAAUGAUAAUUGUUCAUUUAUAAUUCAACAAUUUUUAAAAUCAGCAAAAUUAAAUUCAAAUCAUUCUGAUACGUUUGCAAAAUUAGGUACACUUUAUAAAAUGAUUGGUCAAAAAGAGAGAUCAAAGAAAUGUUAUCAAAAAAGUUUACAAUUGGAUAUUUUAAAUGGUGAAGCAGGAUUUGAGUUGGGUGAAAUCUAUGCAGAGAGUGGUCAAACUUCAUUGGUGAUGUCAUUGUAUAAAGAGAUUACCGAUUUUUGUUUAUCAGCUAAACAAAUUAAAAGAUUCCCAAUUAAUGUUAUAAAAUGUUCAUGGGCAUUCUAUAGACUUGCAAUCUAUCAAAUGGAUAAUAAAGAUAUACAUAAUUCCGUAGUAUCCCUAUUGAAUGCAAUUAAGGGUGAGCCUUUGAAUGAGAGUUAUUGGCGUACAUUGGCCGAAGCAUAUCGUAGACAAUUCAAAUAUGUUGCAGCUUUAAAAUCUUUGAAAAAGGCAGAAGAGAUUUUAGAUAAUGAAAAUCGUAUUGCAACUGAUAUCAAUUUUCAAAUUGCAACAUUAUCAAAAACUUUAGGUCUCUAUGAUGAUGCUAUCAAUGAAUAUGAUAGAGUUUUAAAACAAUUGGAAAAUAAUGUUCCUUCAUUAAAAGGUAAAGCUGAAUGUUUAUUACAAUUAUCUAUUGAACAAUAUAAAUUUAGAAAUUUUCGUCAAUCUUUAAUUCAUCUCGAAUUAGCUGAAUCUUCAAUUAAAAUUGCAUUAGAAAAAGAAAAUAAUUUUCAUUCAUUAUGGAGAUUAUAUGCUGAUAUUUCAAGUUAUUUCUUAAAUUUACCAAAUAAUAAUAAUAACAAUAGUAAUAGUAAUAAUAAUAAUAAUUAUGAUUAUUUAAUUGAAAAAUCAAAACAAUCUUCAAAUGCAUAUUUUAAUUGUGUUAGAAUUCAUUCAAAUUCCCAUUCAUUACAAGAUUUAUCAAUUGGUUAUUAUAAUCAAUAUAUUAUUUUUAAAAAUUAUUUAAAACAACAAGGAAAGCAACAACAAGAGAAAAAUUUAAAAGUUACAAAAGAAGAAACAGAGAAUUUAUUAAAAUCAUCAAUUAAAUGUGUUGUUGAAGCUUUAAAUUUAUCACCAUCAGACCCAAUGUUAUGGAAUUUAUUAGGUGUUGUUUUAAUGGACAAAUUCCCUGCCCAAAGUCAACAUGCCCUAAUUAGAUCGAUUCAAUUAGAUUCUUCAAAAUCUGAACCAUAUAAUAAUUUAACUUUAUUAUAUUUUGAAUAUGGUUUCAUUGAACAAUCUGAUAAAUCUUUAAUGAUUGCCAAAAAUAAUAAUAUUGAUUCUGUUAUUUCUUGGUCUUUGCAAGGUUUAAUUAAUGAAGUUAAAUCAAGUAAUAAAAAUAUUAAUAAUAAUAAUAAUAAUGAUAAUAAUAAUAAUAAUUCAACAGGUAGAGAAGAUUAUAAUUAUAUUGAUAAUGCAUUAGAAUCAUCACCAAUUGGUCAAGGGUUAUUAGGUUAUGGUAUAACAUCAUUAUUAGAAGGUUAUAGUGAAACUAGUUAUUCAGUAUUAUACAAAUACGUUGAAUUAAAUCCAAAUUCAAUUGAAGGAAAUAAUUCAUUAGCUUUAGUUUACAGCCAUCAAAAUGAUUAUGAAAAUUCUGAAAAAUAUUUUAAAUCUGCUUUAAAUUUAUUAUCAAAUAGUAGCAACAGUAGUAAAACCAUCAUUAAAAAUAAUGAUAAUGAUAAUGAAUCAAAGAUUACAUUAAAUAAUAAUAAUUCAAGUUGUUCAAUUGGUUCAAUAUUAUUCUCUGAUAAACCAUUAAAUGAUGGUAUUGAAUUUUCAAAUGAUGAAAAAUUAAAAUAUGUUAAAAUUAAUUUAUCAAGAACUCAAUAUUAUUUAGGUAAAUUUGAUGAAGCAUUAGAAACAAUUAAACCAUAUAUUACAACAACUCAAACAACAGAACCAUCAUUAUCAAAUAGUAUAUUAUUUGAAUUGGUUUCAUUAAUUUAUUGUAAAUUAAAUAAAUUAAAUGAAUCAAUUGAUGCAAUGAAGAAAUCAAUUUCACAAAUUCCAAAAUCAUUAGAAACUGCAACCAUUAGAAAACAAAAUUUAUUAUUUACAUUAGCAAAGAUUCAAUAUACUUGUAAUAAUAAUAAUAAUAGUGGUAAAAAACAACAAAUUGAUACAAUUGUUAAAACUUUAGAAGCAAUUAUAACAAUUGACAAAAGAUUCUAUAAAUCAUGGUAUUAUUUAGCUGCAAUCUAUAUUGAUUGUGGUAAAAAUGAUUUAGCAAAGAAUGUUUUAAUUAAAUUACAAACAACAGUUGAACAAUUGGAAUCCAAUAGCUAUUUAUUAUUAUCAAAAAUUCAUUUAUUAAAUAAUGAAAUUGAAGAAGCCAGAAAACAAUUACAAAAAUUAAUUCAUUUAUUCCCAUUAGAGCCAAUUGGUUGGACAAGUUUAGCUGAUUUAGAAAUGAAAUAUUUCAUUAAUAAUAGUAAUAGUAAUAGUAAUAGUGAAAAUAAUGAUCCAUGUAAUUUACCAUUAUCAUUAUUAAAUCAUUCAUUAAAUAAGAAACAAAGUCAAGAAUAUUCUGGUAUGGGUCAAUUAAGUGUUGGUCCUGAUCACAAAGUAUUACAACCACCAACUAUUAAAGAAUUGGAAAUCAUUGCAAAAGCAAAUCUUUAUGAUUUACAAUCACCUUGGACAAAAUGUUUAGAUAAUGCCAUUGUUAUAAUCAAACGUAUCAUUCAUUCAAAUCCAUUAUCAACUACUAAUAAUAAUAUUCAACCUUGGGUUCAUCUUCAAAAUUUACUUUAUUGGCGUUCACUUUAUACUGAUAAUAAAGAGGAUUGGGAAUCAACUAAAUCAUGUUGGAAUGUUGUACAAUAUUUGUUAACAAAAACAACAACAACAACAACAACAAUAACAGAAGAAUUUAAAUUUCAACAAAUUUUAAUUGAACUUGAAUUUAAAUUAGCACUUUCAAUUACAAGUGAAGGUGAUAGUGGUACCACUGAUGAUAUUGCUGAAUUUGAUAAACUAAUUUCAAAUUAUCAAAAACAAACAAAUUAUACAAAUGAAAAGAAAUCUGUAUUAUUAUCACUAGAAGCAAAGAAAUUUUUAAAACAAGGCGAUAAAGUUAAAGCAUUAUCAAUUUUAAAGGAUGCAUUAAAAUUAGAACCAAAUUCAAUUCCAAUCUAUCAUAAUCUUUGUGAUAUUUAUCAAAGUAAUGAUCAAUUAGAUGCUUCUUUACUUUGUUUAAAUAGAUCACUUUUAGUAUUAAAACAACAAACAACCAAUAACAAUAAUUAUAAUAAUAAUAAUAAUAAUGGUUUAAUUUUAACAACAAUAUCGAAAAUUAUUAGAAUUUAUUGUAUUCAAAAGAAAUUUAAAGAUUCAUUAAAAUUAUUAGAAGAAAAUUUAAAUAAUAAUAAUUAUUUAGAUAAUCCAGUUAUAAAAUUAUUAAAAGGUAUUCUAAUUAUUGGUUCAAGUAAAUUAACAAAUAAUAAUUUAAAACAAUUCACAAAUGAUAUGAAGAAUGCUUUAAAUUUAUUAGAGGAAUCAUCAACCAUUAAUUCAAAACUAUCCUUAACUAAUUUUUAUUCUGCUGUUGUUCAAUUUAAUUUAAAAAAUUUCAGUUUAUCUGAUAUAUUAUUACAAAAAGAAUUAAAUUUAACUCCUUCUCUCUCGCUACAAAUUAAUUCCUUACAAGAAAAAAUUAAACAAUUUACAAAAUAA